CCUCCCCAUCCUCAGUACCUGUUGCAAUAGGCGCUUCUUCCUGUCGCUCAUUUACUCCUUUUUGUAUGUGUGUGCGUGCGCGCGCGUGUGCGUGAAUAUGAGGGCACGUCUACUGUGUGAACGCACGAGGCCAAACACUAAUAAAGAGCUGCUGCCCUCGCAGACAUCACACAGGUUUUUUACCCGGGAAACACGCACAAAGUGAACCGGCAGGAUCGCGCGGGUGUCGCGGCUCUAGUGAUUAAAUUCCUCGCGCAGAGAUCAGCAGCACUGAAGCACCGCAGAGGAGCAGAGAGUCACUGACAGGCGCUCGGCGGGGCGGGAUGGACUACAGUUAUGAUACGGACCUGGAAGAGUUGUGUCCGGUGUGUGGCGAUAAAGUUUCUGGCUAUCAUUAUGGUUUAUUAACCUGCGAGAGCUGCAAGGGUUUCUUUAAGAGGACCGUACAGAAUAACAAACGGUACACAUGUGCAGAGAGUCAAGACUGUAAGAUUGAUAAAACCCAGAGAAAACGGUGUCCAUUCUGCCGCUUCCAGAAAUGUCUGAACGUCGGGAUGCGGCUGGAGGCUGUCCGUGCUGACAGGAUGCGAGGAGGGCGCAAUAAAUUCGGCCCCAUGUACAAACGAGACCGGGCGUUAAAGCAGCAGAAGAAAGCUCUCAUCCGGGCGAGUGGCGUAAAGAUGGAAGCCACGCCCCCUUUGCUGUCAUCACCGCAGUCUGACUACAGCUUCAGCACUGCUCUCUCGGUUCCAGCUCAAAAAAACACCCACCCGAACAUCGGCACCCCGGUGGCCCCUACCGAUUAUGAACGCAGCCUGUACGCAUCCAGUUCCUUGAGCUUAUCUCUCCCCAUCCCGGCCCACACCCCUCUGCCAGCACAGUACCCGUAUCCAAACCUGCCCAGCCGUGCCAUCAAGUCUGAGUAUCCCGACCACUACACAAGCUCAGAGCACUACACCAGCACCAGCUCCCCAGAAUCGGUUCCAGGCUAUACGUACAUCGAUCAGACGCGAGUGUCGACCAGCCCAGCCGUGGCCCUGCCGGGCUUGACGGUACCGCCGUUGGUUCUGGAGUUUGUUCGCUGUGAGCAAGACGAGCUGCAGGUGCAAAGCAAGAUAAGCGCUCACCUGGCCCACCUGCAGCAGGAACAGAACUCUCGGAGUGCGGCGGCCAAUCAGGAACAGAACACACGCCUCGCAGCCAAACAGGAACGACUCAGCACCUUCGGCCUGAUGUGCCACAUGGCCGAUCAGACGCUCUUCUCCAUCGUGGAAUGGGCACGUAGCUGCAUCUUCUUUAAGGAGCUCAAGGUGGGAGAUCAGAUGAAGUUGCUGCAUAAUUGCUGGAGUGAGCUUCUUGUGCUGGAUUACAUCGCCAGACAGUUGCAUCAUGGGAAAGAGGACAGUGUGCUUCUCAUUACAGGACAGGAGGUUGAGCUCGCGUCUUUGCUGGCCCAGGCAGGGGUCACUCUGAGUGGGAUGAUACAGAGAGGUCAGGAGCUGGUGCAUCGUCUACAAGAGCUUCAGCUGGACCGCAGAGAAACUGCCUGUCUUAAAUACCUCAUCCUCUUUAACCCUGAUGUGAAACUGUUGGAAAACCAGCCUUACGUCGAGAGCGUGUACGAGCAGGUGAACGCCGCGCUGUUGGAGUACACGCUGUAUGCGUAUCCGCAAUUCCCGGACAGGUUUAGCCAGAUUCUGCUGCGCCUUCCCGAGCUCAGAGCGCUGAGCGCGCAAGCCGAAGACUACCUGUGCUACAAACACCUGAGCGGAGAGGUGCCGUGCAACAACCUCCUCAUUGAAAUGCUGCAUGCCAAGAGAACCUGCAUCUGACACAAACGCGCAUUCGCACACAACAGCCUGAUUCCUUCGCAACUGACGCUGUUAUCGACUACAUGUUUUGCAGCAGUCAUCUCUCGCACAGAGAAAACCUCAUCAACCAUGCCACUGUGUUUCUGAACGAGAAAGAGGGGAGAUGUCAGUGUUAAUGACUGUGUCUUAAAAAUAAAGGUUCUUCAUUGCCAUUGAUGGUUCCAUGAAGAACUUCUAACACCCAUGGAACCUUUCUGUUAUACAAAAAAAAAAUCUUUGUAGUGGAAAAUAAGAGAAAACAUUGUUGUUUUAAAGGGAUAGUUCACCCAAAAAGAAAAUUUGAUGUUUAUCUGCUUACCCCCAAGCACAUCCAAGAUGUUGGUGACUUUGUUUCUUCAGUAGAACACAAAUGAUGAUUUUUAACUCCAACCGUUGCAGUCUGUCAGUCGUAUAAUGGGUAUCAAUGGUAACAUAAUCUAUAAGAGCAAAAAAAAACAUGCACAGA